AACUGUUUGAGAGUUAAAGAUCUGAGUCAGUUCAAAGAAUCGGACUUCCCAUCUCUAAAAGCAACCCCUCUAUUGUGAGCCUUGCCUUUCUUCCCAUAAGGCAGGCUCCACCACCUUCUAGGAGGAACCAACAUAGGAGGGAGUAUGAUGGCUAAACAAAAAGGCUGAGGAGUGUUUAUGGUAUAUAUGGUAAAAUGCAUGUGGAAUGCAUGCUUGUGGAAUGUCACAUGCUUACUGGACAAUAAAGCCUGUGAAAGAGAGAGAGACAGAGACAGAGAGAGAGCGGGAGAGAGAGACAGAGAAUGAGAAUCUGAUUAUCUCCAAGCAAAGCUCGCGUCGUGCAAAGCUGCGUUCCAGUAGGUGGAUCAUCAGGGUGAGGGGCUGUCAGACAUGUUGCCAGUUGUGGUUGUGCAUGGAGGGGCAGGUUUCGUUCCAAGACAACGGUCAGAAUUAUCAGUUUCAGGGGUGUGCUCAGCAGCUGGAUCAGCAUAUGGCAUUCUCAAGGGAGGGGGCAGCAGCAUGGAUGCAGUGGUGAAUGCUGUGACCCUGUUGGAAAAUAACCCUGCCUUUAACGCAGGGAUUGGGUCAGUGCUGAAUGUUAGAGGAGAUAUCGAGAUGGAUGCCCUUGUGAUGGAUGGGAAAACUUUAGCUAGUGGUGCUGUGUCAGCUGUACGCAACAUAGCUAACCCUACUCAGUUGGCAAGACUGGUUAUGGAGAAGACGAGUCAUGCAUGUCUGACAGCAGAGGGUGCCAGUCAGUUUGCCCGGGCCAUGGGCAUCCCCGAGGUCCCCGUGGAGUCCCUCAUCACAGACUACUCUCGUAUGCGGUGGCAAAAGAACCUGGCUGCUGAUGCUAACCCUGUGGAGUGCCAAAUGGGGAAGAUGGGCACAGUUGGAGCUGUAGCAGUUGAUACCGAGGGAAAUAUAGCCUGUGCAACCUCCACAGGUGGAAUGCUGAAUAAGAUGGUGGGGCGGGUGGGUGAUACCCCCUGUAUAGGAAGUGGAGGUUAUGCUGACAACAACAUAGGAGCAGUUUCUACUACAGGCCAUGGAGAAACAAUCAUGAAAGUUACACUGGCAAGAUUAAUCCUGUUCAACAUGGAGAAAGGUCAGUCAGUGGAGGCAGCCAGUGAUUCGGGUCUGGCCUUAAUGAAGUCCAGAGUGGAUGGGCUAGGUGGGGUGAUCACAGUGGAUCCCCAAGGCCACUGGGCCGCUCGCUUCUCCAGCCUUCAAAUGGCCUGGGCUGCGGCACAAAGCGACACACUGCACUAUGGGCUUUACACUGGAGAGCAUUUUACACAGAACAUUGAUGAUCCCGAGUCACACUACCCAAAAUACAAAGCUUAGCUUUUAUUAUUUGUCAAAAUCAAUAAAUUGAUAUCAUAGUUUACUUUUUAUACCUAUUCUUUUCCUUUAACUUUUCAUUUGAUGGAAAAUGAAUUUAAAAAAAUUAAAUUAAAAUUCAAAAAGGGUUAAUCACAGUGAAUCAGUCAGUGGCUGGGGUACUUAGCUCUGGAUUCUGGGUGCUGUUCUAACUGUUUGAGUUUCCUCAGGUCUGUGGGUUCGUCAGACCAAAGACAUCCUUUUAAUUGCUACGGUACCUCUCUGUAAACCACCGCGUCUACUUCUAUAUGCCAGCUCUGUGAUGCAACAAUAAUUUGUCCGGGAUCUCGUCUGCCUCUUUCACAGUGAUAGUUUCUUGAUAGAUCGUGAUGGUCUUUUACAAGGAAAGGCUGUUAGGAUAAUGGAUGUAUGUAUUACAAUGUCCUACUAUUUAAUAGAAAAACACUGACCCAUGGAUAAAUUAGUAAUAGUAUUUACUUAAAAUUAAAUUUUUAUUUGUAACUCAAACGAAAAAAAACAUUGAUUUCAUGAUCCUAAUGUAAAGACUCAAAGUGGUUCCUCAAUACUGACAAGCUUUUGUUUAAAAAUAUCUGACACAUGUUGUGUCCGGAAAACACUGGUAUCUUGAGCAUUGUGUGUUUCUUGCUACCUUUCCAUACUGUAUAUUUGUGCAACCAGGUGCAUUAAUGUGUUAAGCUCUGACUGGAUUCAAUCUCAUCCACUAGAUGGUGGUGUUUUAAUACGAUACAUCAGACACAAACACAGUUCAUGACAUAAGCUUAACUAUAACAAACCUGUAGUACUCAGUACAUAAUCCUACAGUAUUACUGCUACAUGAAGCAUGACAUUCUUGGUUUCAUUUGUAAAUGCACAUUGUUUAGCAUUAGUGACAUUAUGCUUUUAGCAUCUGGGUAGUUUGUGUUCUAGGACCCUUUAUAGCUAAGCUUAUACAGUAUUGUCAUGUCACUGUCCGAUGAAGCCACUAUUGUAUCUUAAAAACACUCAAGUUCUAGCCAUGAAUGAGAGUUUUGUGAAUUAGAACUCAACAGACUAUGCACCUCUGGUUUUCUCCCUUUAAUGUGAGGACAUACAUCAUUUUAUGUUGUUUUUGUAUUUGCGUUUUUCAACUUUAUUUAGUUCAGGGACACUAUUUUUUCUGGUUUCCUUAAAAUUUUAUUUUAAUUUUAAAUAUAUUAAAUUAAAAAUAUAUAUUUUCGA